AUGCCUCAAGUUACAGUCGAGUCUCAUUGUGAACCAAAUGACACUCGUCUCAUCAACCCAUGGCUGUGUUCGCCACUUCUGUCCUGGCCUCCAACACGGUCCGGUGAUCUUCCCACACCGAUUCCAAUAGCUCCAUCCAAUAUACAACAUCCUUCCUUGUUACUGACGACAGCAUGUGGUCUGACUACGCAACCGAUGGUUGGAGCCUCAUCAGCAACAACGGCCGGUUCUUGCGGUGCCUUUCAAAAGGAAAAUCUGCCGUCUACAAUGCCAAGCCAAUGCAAAUCCGCUUUCUUUCCCCUGCCCUAUAUGCUGGAAUCGAGACGAUACAGCGAACCUGCUCCUCCGCCGGCUCAUUUCCUUUCACAGCGUCGACGAAGUAAAGAAGGCACUAUUUCAGUUUCCGGUCAAGUCACAUACUUGUGGGAAUUUUUGCUCCGCCUACUUCAGGACAAGGAGUACUGCCCAAAGUUUAUUAAAUGGAUUGAUCAGUCCAAGGGUGUAUUCAAGCUUGUAGACUCCAAAGCAGUCUCACGACUCUGGGGUAUGCACAAAAACAAGCCUGGUAUGAACUACGAGACAAUGGGGAGAGCUUUACGGUAUUACUAUCAACGUGGUAUUUUACAAAAAGUCGACGGCCAACGUCUGGUCUAUCAAUUUGUCGACGUGCCCAAAGAUGCGCUACAGGCUCGUUGCACAAUAGUUUUCCGAUCAAGCCGUCGGCAACCGUAA